AUGGGCUGUGCAUCAUCUUCUGCUAUUCCCGUACUACCGGAAAUUCAACAGCUUGCACCCGUUGAAGCAAACUUCUGCGCUCCUUCCAUCACUACACUUCGUCUACGCGACCGUUUUUGGGAUUCAUCCAACGGCGAGGACUUUGUCGUCUGUGACGCCGAAUGGGGUCAAGAGGUAUUCCGUAUUCAAGGCACGACAUCGGCAAUGAAAACGCUACGUGACCCUCUUCGUAAUCCAUUGGUGCAUAUAAAACGUGAACUUAUGGCUCCUGUCCCCACCUACAACGUAUUCGAUGCCAAGAUGUCAGCAACCAAACUGUUUUCAAUCAAGGCAUUACCUGAGCUUCACGUAGAAUUCCAGAGUCCUGCUUCGAGCAAAAUGUGCCGUAUUGGAUUCACAGGAAACUGGGCUAAACGCCAAGUCUCGUUCUGGAUGGAACAAGACGGGAAGAUCCCACGCACCGCCGUUGGUCGUGUCUUCCGCCCAGCUGAUAGUCACAGCUCUGUGACUACUACGUGCAGUUCUUCUUUGUCCAGUAACCAACCGGAUGAUGAGUAUAUUCUCACCAUUAUGGCGGGAGUGGACAUGUCACUUAUGGUACUCAUCUGUAUUGCCUUGGAGCAGGGUCAUAGUGAGAAAUGGUAA